ACGCAACCGAGUAGUAGUUUGUGGAGGACACUCGGUUUGUGACCAGUAGCUUUUGUGUUAUUGCUGUAUGCGCUGAGUAAUUUUAUACGAAGUUCUGUAAAUUCUCGUACGGUUGUUGCUUGUUUUGUUAUUUAAAAUAAAUAAAACGAUUCGUAGUAGUGGCAGAACAGUGAUAUACCAAGUUUUUUUACGAUGUUUGGCUGAAAUUAACAAUGUUUAUCAGAGAACAGCCGAUAUGACAGGUAAAUCUGUCAAUACCAUAAGAAAAAUUGUUGAAGAAGGUGAAAAAAAUAAUGGCGUGUUUUCUACACCUGGUAAACAUAGAAAAGGUCGACCAAAGAAAGAUGAUUUUGACCUCUGCGCAAUUAGACAAAAGGUUCAUUUCUUCUACACGGUGCCUACACUACGAAAUUUAUUACCUGUAGUUAAAGAAGAUUUGGGAUUUAAUGGAAGCCGUGAACAUCUAAGAAAGAUAUUACAUUCUCUGGGUUUCUCUUACAAAAAAUGUAAAACAGACAGAUCGGCACUAAUGGAGAAGCCUAAUAUAGCAGCAAAGAGGGAACAAUAUUUAAAAAUUAUAAUGCAUAAUAGAAAUUUGCCUCAAGAACUCCAAAAACAAAUUAAUUUUUUGGAUGAAAGCUACGUACACUCAUCUUACAAGCUUAAAAAAUGUUGGCAAUCAAUUGAAGUUAGUGGAGUGCGACACAAUAUAUCUAAAGGCAAAAGUAUUAUUGUGCAUGCUGGGAGUGAAAAGGGGUUUGUUCCAAAUGCACUAUUAAUUUUCAAUGGCACAAACAAGAAUGAAGAUUACCAUUCUGAAAUGAAUAGAGCAAAUUUCACUAAGUGUAUUACCGAGAAAUUAAUUCCCAAUUUGACAGAGCCUUCCAUUAUUGUUAUGUACAAUGCUCCUUACCAUUCGGUAGUCAUCAAUAAGGCCCCAACCAGUGCAACAAAAGUUGCUGAUGUAAAGCUGUGGUUGCUUCAAAACAAUAUACAAUUUGAUGAAAUGAUGCGUAAACCUGAAUUGUUAAUGCUUGUAAAACGCCACAAACCAGAGGCCCUUUAUGAAAUUGACCAAAUAUUGGGGGAUCAUGGUCACACUGUGGUACGGCUGCCUCCAUAUCAUUGUGACCAGUGCGCAGUGUUGGGCAACCUUUAA